UAGCGCGAUUGUCCUCUUCGGCCUUUUUCUGUGUCCCUUGAUGAGAUGCCAAAUCGGCCCCGACUUUGGAAGCGCGCAUUUAUCCAGGAUAUUUUCUGGCAAUUUGUCUGCAAUCGACAUAACGGGAAACUGUGUCAGGGAUUUAAAGGUAUCCGCUACUGCUCUGGAAAAACGCGAGCCAUGGAUUCUAAAAAUGCUAGAUGCGUCCUCGAAGAUACGCUCUGGAGUUCUGCGAGCCAACUUAUUUGAUUUAGGUGCGCUGGACGAGUGCAUUUCGAUUAAUCGAGAAAUAGGGUCGGGAAGGAUACAUGGAAAGUUUUGUCCGGGUCUCUAUACCAAGUGUUCGCAAGUUUACGCGGGAGAAACUGAAAUACCAGCGAACAUCGCUGCGACAAUGGACAACCUUCUGUCAUUCAGCGAGAAAUUCGCAUUGGCCAUUUGUAUUCCGCACACAUGUUCGGCAAUGGAUAUUGAGAAAUUGCUAACCAAUGUUAACGCUACCUUUAAAGAGGAAAUGUGCCAAACAAAGGAUGGGCAAUCGCCACUUGGUGAUGGAGGAACCGUUGUCUUGCUCAUGUUUGGCGGUGCUAUUUCGCUAGUGGUGAUCUCAACUGCAAUUGAUGUCGCGGCACGUCACCAAGGCAAAGCCAUUAGAAACUCGGUAAUUUGUGCUUUUUCGGCGAUAAGGAAUGGAAAAAUAAUCUUCAAGAUGACAAACAACCCCGGCGACAUUUCCUGCUUAAACGGCAUUAGAGUGCUGAGCUUCCUUGGAAUUGUAAGCGGACACACCUACUUGUAUAUGAUUGAUAACCCAACAAGGAACGCUUUUAACAUUUUUGAGAUGCUGAGUGGAAAAUUUCAAUCGGUUAUCAGCGCGGCAACAUUGAACGUCGACACUUUCUUCUUGUUAUCAGGCGCAAUGGUCUCCUACAGUGCUAUGAACGAUUUCACCAAGGGCUACAGGUUUAGUGUACCCGUUUUUUAUCUACGCCGAAUUCUACGCUUAACCCCAUGUUUAAUUGCUGUCGGUUUGAUAUACAUUUUUCUCUUACGUCACAUGAGCCAUGGACCAAUGUGGCCACUUAUCUCCGGUGCUGAUAUAACCAACUGCAAUGAGAAUUGGUGGAGUACACUUUUCUAUGUGCAAAAUUAUGCAAAUCCAUUAUCUAUGUGCAUUGUGCCAAGUUGGUUCCUAGCUGUGGACAUGCAUCUAUACAUACUGUCUCCAAUUCUGAUUGUCCCCAUGGCAAAAUCCCCGCGAACGUCGAUGGUGCUAGCUGGCUUACUGACUUUGGCUUCUAUGGGAGCAGGCUUCGCAAUUACUUGGCGUGGGCAACUCGCACUGGCAAGCGUACCGUACAUGAAGUACUACUACUAUUCCACUCACACCCGGGCAUCCCCUUGGUUUAUCGGUUUCAUGUUGGGAUACGCAAUUUCGCCAACCGGAAGGUGGAGCAAAGCGCGUUUGGGUCGUACGUCAGUUAUCUUAUGUUGGACGGCAUGCAUACUGACGGCCGUGUGCGAAUUAUCUUGGGGAUACCUGGAGACGUCUGAAAAUGUUAACGUGUUCAAAAACUCUAUUGAAAAUUGCUUGAGAAGGCCGGCCUGGGCGGUUGCGGUUGCUUGGGUUAUAUACAGCUGUCACAUUGGAUACGGAGGAAUAGUCAACACGGUUUUAUCGCUGCCCAUUUUUAAGGUACUUUCGAAACUGACGUACUGCGGCUACUUGCUCCACUGCAUAUUCAUUAUUACAGCCAACGGAAAUAAACAAACAGAGCUCUAUGCAAGCCAUCACGAGGCGAUUUACCUUUUUUGUGGCACAUGGGUGCUAACGCAAGUUGCUGCUGUUUUUCUGACGUUCACAGUGGAGUCUCCAAUGCUAAUGGUCGAAAAACUUUAUCUGAGGAAAGUUAAAAGCGAUUAAGUCUGCUGGGCGUUAUCCAAGCUGUUAAUUAGGGAGUUGCGCUUUGUUAUAAAACAACCCCUAAAU